UCUUCAAAUACGGAACACGGCCUCUGAUAAUCCUAGGCUUCUCUUCGCUUCCCUUCCCUGCAAAAGAGAGAGAGAGAGAGAGACAGAGACAGAGAACGAAACGAUUCGGAAUGGCUUCCAGAGUAGUAGUUGUUCCACAACAAGCGAGAGGUGAGGCAGCAGUUGCGGAGAGAGGAGGAGGUAGGCCGCUGAAAAAGAAUGUUGUUGCCGCUGGCGAUGGCAGAAGGCGAACAGCGCUAGGCGAUAUUGGAAAUGUGGUAAUAGACGCCAAGCCUAAUCGGCCAGUAACAAGGAGCUUUUGCGCUCAAUUACUCGCUAAUGCGCAGGCUGCAGCAGCUGCCCAAAACAAUAAGAAACAAAUUGGUCUAAAUGUGAAAAGAGAUGCUCCUGUUGUUGUUGAUGGUGUUAAAAGAGCUGAGGUACCAAAGGAGGUGGCAGCAGUGGCUCAGAAGAAGGUGAAUGCUGUUGUUGAUGGUGUUAAAAGAGCUGAGGUACCAAAGGAGGUGGCAGCGGCGGCUCAGAAGAAGGUGAAUGUUAACCAGCCCAAGGCCAGGGAAGUCAAGGCAACAGAGGAAGAGAGCAUGACCGCUAAGCCGGUUAACAAGAAAAAGGAGGCAGAAGGAACCUCAAGGAAGAAAGCACCAACUUAUACUUCAGUCCUUACUGCUCGAAGCAAGGCUGCUUGUGGUGUGACUGAUAAACCAAAGAGCCAUAAUAAUAUUGUUGAUAUUGAUACAAAUGACGCCGGCAAUGAAUUGGCUGCUGUUGAAUACAUUGAGGACAUGUACAAGUUUUAUAAGCUUGUUGAGAAUGAGAACCGCCCCCAUGACUACAUGGACUCACAACCCGAGAUUAAUGAAAACAUGAGAGCAAUUCUGGUGGAUUGGCUGGUUGAUGUGCAUACCAAGUUUGAACUCUCUCCUGAGACAUUCUACCUGGCCAUCAAUAUAAUUGAUCGCUUCCUUGCGGUUAAGAUUGUGCCCAGGAAGGAGUUACAGUUAGUCGGCAUCAGUGCUAUGCUGAUUGCCUCCAAGUAUGAAGAAAUCUGGGCCCCUGAAGUCAAUGACUUUGUUUGCCUUUCAGACAGGGCUUACACUCAUUCUCAGAUACUCAUCAUGGAGAAGAAGAUACUUGGAAAACUCGAAUGGACCUUGACUGUGCCUACACUUUAUGUGUUCCUCGUUCGUUUCAUCAAAGCGUCAAUUCCAGAUCACCAAAUGGAAAACAUGGUUUAUUUUCUGGCGGAGUUAGCUACGAUGCACUACACCACGACUAUGUACUGCCCCUCCAUGAUUGCAGCCUCAGCAGUCUAUGUUGCCAAAUGCACUUUAAACAAGAGUCCCGUUUGGUCCGAGACACUCAAGCUUCACACUGGUUUCUCAGAACCUCAGCUCAGAGAUUGUUCCAAACUAUUGGCGAGCUUGCACGCAAUGGCAACAAAAAGUAAACUUCAAGGUGUGUACAGCAAGUACUCAAAUUCGGAGCACGGAGCUGUUGCACUGCUUCCACCGGCCAAAGCUCUCUUGGCUCGAGCUGGAACUCCGUCCACAUCCACGUCCAUCACUAGUAUUGGUGCUGCUGCUGCCAAGGCCAGAGUAGUUUAAUCAUCAUCACAUUGACACUGCUUUAUGUGAACGUGAGGUCAUGGGCCGCAUGGCCGGGUGCAAUUUUAUGUGUUUUUUAUAUCUUGUCAAGCUAGUAUGGUCAAUCAGAACAAGUGAUGUACUAUUCGCUUCAUUCAUUCAUUAAUUCUAACUCA